GGUGAAGACUACCAAAACCUGCGAACUCGUGAACAAACCCUAUCCCCAAAUCCAAACUCCAAUUAAAAAGUCUGAUCUUUUUUCAACAUAAUCGAGAGUCGCCGCUGAAUCUUCCAAGAUUGAUGGCGGGAUUCGCCGCCGAUCCUUCUUUCUCCAGAUCUACAGGUGUUUCGUGCUGAAAACUGAGAGAAAUCAUGGAGCUUUAGUAAAGAAAGCUUUGGCGUUCAUUUGUUAUAUUUUGCGUGGAGUGCAGAUAAUUUUGCUAAUUUUCUCUGCGCAGAGUCAGUAGCUUAAAAGCUUAGAAGAUAUAAUAAGAAAUUUUGGGUAAAUUUUCACAAUGGAGUCACUGUGGAAGCUCACUUAUUUGCUCGAACCUGCGUCCUUAACUCUAAUUGCAACUGCAAUCUUUGUAACCUUUGCUUCGGCCUCCCGGUCCCUACACCAUGGUAAAGAAAUGGAAAGAAACCUAGAUUUUUCAGAAUCUUCAAUCACUUUAGACCGUUCCCAAGCCCUAAUGAUCCCCCUUGCAAGUUCUUGCAGCCUAUUACUCAUGUUUUACCUCUUCUCUUCUGUUUCACACCUCAUCACUGCCUUCACUGCCAUUGCCUCGGGCUCUGCACUCUUCUUUUGCCUUGCCCCUUAUGUUACCUACCUCAAAACCCAGUUCAAUUUGAUGGACCCGUUUGUAUCUCGGUGCUGUUCUAAGUCAUUCACGCGAACCCAAGGAGUUCUGGUUUUGUUUUGCAUUGGGGUUGUUGCUGCUUGGCUUGUUUCGGGGCAUUGGGUAUUGAACAAUGUGCUGGGGAUUUCUAUAUGUAUAGCUUUUGUUAGUCAUGUUAGGCUGCCCAACAUUAAGAUUUGUGCGUUGCUUCUUGUUUGCCUGUUUGUGUAUGAUAUCUUCUGGGUCUUCUUUUCGGAGAGGUUCUUUGGGGCCAAUGUUAUGGUUUCGGUUGCGACACAGAAAGCUUCUAAUCCGGUCCAUACGGUUGCAAAUAGUUUGAGCUUACCUGGGUUGCAGUUGAUUACAAAGAAGUUGGAUAUGCCUGUUAAGCUUGUAUUCCCGAGAAAUUUGUUGGGUGGGAUUGUUCCUGGGAGUAAUGCUGUGGAUGGUCUGAUGCUGGGCCUUGGAGAUAUGGCUAUCCCUGGAAUGCUUCUAGCUUUGGUUCUCUGUUUUGAUCAUCGCAAGAACAGAGAUAUUGGAAGUCCUAUGGACACAUCCUCAAAAGGAUAUAAAUACAUUUGGUAUGCACUUUUUGGAUAUGCAGUUGGACUUGUCUCUGCUUUAGCUGCUGGUAUAUUGUAUCAAUCUGCUCAACCUGCUCUUCUUUAUCUGGUGCCUUCUACUUUGGGACCUGUAAUCUUCCUCUCAUGGCUAAGAAAGGAACUGAAUGAGCUUUGGGAAGGUACAGGACCGUCUUCAAACGAUAAAACCCAUUCAAUGGAGGUUUGAGCUUGAGCUUGAGAUUCCAUGAAAGUGAUAACUACUGCUGGACUAUCUUGUACUCUUAUAUGGUGCCAUGAAGGUGUAACAUUUCAAGCUUAAUGAACUAUUUAUAUACUGCACUAUACAUUAUUUUCCAAAGAGUGGUUUCUGUCUUCAUUUAGUCA